GUUUUCUGCUUUGUUGAUACUUUCGAUCGAUUUUGCUGUACAGAGUUAGAGCUAGUCGAGACAAUUUCGUUUCUGACGAGGAAGUGUACAUUCGUAUUCGUGGUCCAUGAAAGUGUUCUUUUCCGCAAGAACUCAAGUCUCGAUCUUCAUAAAGGUAGUUUGGUCUCUUUUUCUUUCUAGCACGUUCUUCGUGCGAACGUUCUGAACGGCGGUGAUCACGCCAUAUGGACCAAAAGCUGACGGCUCAGAUGCUCUCUAUCUUACGAACCUAGGGAUCCACUCACUUCCGGCUUGCUGCUCACACUUGCGAGCGUUGGCGAUGGCGGUUCCAACGCUCGAGGUAAAUAUUUAAUCCAUUAUAGCAGCAGUAGCUAUGGCGAAGAGCUUAGUUAGCGCCAAUGCAAGACUAGCAGUAGAGCAGGCUGAUAGAAAGGCAGGGAGCAGCGCUCAUCGCUGUUCUAGCAGCAAGCCUUCUAGCAUAGAGCGGAUUAGAGGACCCGGGGCAGUGCAUUUCGAGUUGGGAUAUGGCAGGAAGCCGGUGCUAUCGACGACGAAUCCGCUUCCGCUACUCCAUUGGUCAUCGAAGUGGCUCCCUCGGACUCCAUUGAAUCGUCUCCACGCGGACUACUUGUUAACUUGCAGCUCCAAUGCCGUCUCCAGUGACGAUUCCAAGGCCGUCUCUGAAGAUGGUGAGGGUGAUGGCUUAAGUUCUAGCUCUUCCAGCAGGAAAGUUGUAGAGGAAGGAGGAGAAGUUUCUAGCAGUGGUCGUGGUGGGGAGGGAGGGAGGAAGGAGGAGGAGGAGUCAUCCAAGUUUCGCUGGAUGCCUGAGUGGCUCAACCUUACAAAAGACGAUGCCAAGACGAUCGUGAUUGCGUUUCUAGCGUCGAUGCUGUUUCGGUGGUAUGUUGCGGAGCCGAGGCUUAUUCCAUCGUUGUCGAUGUAUCCUACUUUUGAGGUUGGAGAUAGAGUGGUCGCUGAAAAGGUCUCGUACUACUUUAGAAGUCCAGACGUAAACGACAUUGUCAUCUUCAAAGCUCCGGAUGUUCUCCAAGUGAGUGUGUCGAUGGGAGAUAUUGUUUGUGCUGAGGCGGGUUUCGCUUUUUGUUUUCCACAGGCCAGGGGCUACAGUGCUGGAGACGUUUUCAUCAAAAGAGUCGUGGCUAAAGAAGGAGAUGUUGUAGAGGUUCGCAAUGGAAGGCUUGUCUUGAACGGAGUGGAAAGAAUGGAGAGUUUCAUUGCCGAGCCACCCGAUUAUGACAUGCCUCCAGUCACCGUUCCCGAAGGCUACGUUUUUGUCAUGGGCGAUAACAGAAACAAUAGCUACGAUUCUCAUAUCUGGGGACCUCUCCCGGUUAAAAACAUCAUAGGAAGAUCGGUGCUAAGAUACUGGCCGCCAACGAGGCUGGGCAGCACAGUACUGGAGGAAGCGCCACAACUGUCGUCACAUCGUGCGUUGUUAGAGAGCUCAAGUUGAAAGCUCCGUAUCGACACUAUCUCUUUUUUUGUUCGAGGGGCUCACUUGCGAUUAAUUUAAGCAAUGCCGGAAGCAAUCGCGUUUGUUUUGUGAGCAAUUGGCGAGAAAACAAUUCUAAUAUCUGAUAGAGAGACUAAUCAAAGGUUUCUUUCACUGUCAA